CGCCAAAAUUCGACAGGCUGUUUUCCAACUGUUACAGCUACCCGGGCCUCCUCCUGGGAGACAGGAAUUUGCCCAGUCUGCAGUGGAGCCCCUGGGCCCCAUCGUUCCUAGUCACUGUCAGCCGUGCUUACUAUCUGCUGGGCUCUUUCUGUUUGUGCCUGACUGGGCCAUUCUGGGCACUCCUUCUUCCAGUGUCCAUCUUUCUUGCAGCAAGCACACUGCUGAGGCCCCAGCUUUGUUGGCUGACCUCCUUGAGGGAGCUGAGCUUGAUUUAUCCCCCCAUUCAUUGGGGCCCACAGGGACUUACCUGGAUGAGUUGACCUCGUGGCGGGCCUCCCGGGGCAGCAGCCAGCAGGGCAGCCUGUUGUUUAAUCUCUCUUUGUCUCUGUUUCUCCUGUGCCUGGUCUCAGUUAUUAUAAACCUUAAAAGCAAUCUCUACAAGUUGAUAAGUGUUCAUCUCCAGUCCACCGUCUAAUUUCUGGAGUUUGUGCCGUAUGUCGGGCGCUCAAGCUCAUGAAAGUCAAAUUAAUAACGUGGACAUUCUGAGGAUCAUCCAUAUCAGUGUCAGUGUAUUGGUGAUGGACUUCAUACACCUGUUCUAAGAAUGUGGAAGGAUUCUCCUUGGGGCCCUGUUGUACCUCCUGAACUUUCUGGACAUUAAUGUGCCUUGGGGCUCCUUUUUGCAAUCCUAUAAUAAUGUAUUCUUUCAUAUGGUUUAGUCUAGUCUGAUCUCCUGGAUUGUUCAUAUCCCAUCCUGGAUCAAUUCACCAGUACAGCCAGGUCACCAGGGCCUCUAAUAGGAUUCUGUGGUUGGAGGUUGUAUAGCCUCUGUGCCUCUUGUUUAGCCUUCUCUAGUAUGAUGCGUCUUUCUUCCGGAGUCAACAGUGUUGUUAGUAGCAUGUUAAUAUCAGCCCAGUUAGGAUGGUGGACUGCAAAUAUGGAAGUUACUAAUGUCUCCAUCCAUUUAGGAUUCUCCCAGUAGGCAGGUAUAUUAUUUUUCCAGUUUAACACAUCCGCAGUUGUAAAAGAGACGUGUCCAAAUGAAACCCCAAGGGUUUUCUUAAUGAUCAAGCCUGGCUGGAAUCUGCCUCAAAAGAUAUUGUUCCUGCGGGACUGGGGCAGACCCCUGACCAAAUUGUACACCACUACAGGUGUGGGCAGGAGAGACCAUUCCCAGAGUGACACUUGGAGCUCCAGUGGGUAAUGGAGGAUAAAGAGUGACUGGGGUCUUCGGUGGCUCUAAGGUGAGGGCCUCCUCCCAGGCAGCCUGCAGGGUAGUGGGCUGAGGUACCUGUGGCUCUGGAGGAUAAAGCGGGGGUGCUGAUGGACAGGGAAGGGAACUAAGAGGAUAGGGAUCCUCAGAGUCAGGGAGGACUUCAUUGGACUUACAGUCAGGUUUGUCCUUAGGCUGCAUAACCAUUAACUUGCAUUAUUUUUGUAAGUUCUUGUUUUGAAACAAAAACAUGGGAUUUCAUCCCAUUUCUCCCCUCUGUUACAAAAUAGAUCUAGCUAGAAAACAGUAUCAUAGUCUAAACUCCCAUCCAUUUGGCCGCUUCCCACCCGAUCCAAGUUGGUAUUGUGGCUAGGCAGUGUUACAAAAGAAAAUCAUUUUCUUCUCCUUCAUAGGCUCGUAGCUAAAAUGAGACCAGUUCUUUAGAAUGCAGCCAAGAGGGCUGCAUUCUGCUACUGAACCCUGAUUACCCACUUCCACUCAAGCACACCACACACCACGUUCACCCUCACUUAAAGCUUUCUUCCGUGCCAACGCCACACACACGCAUAGAUCAGGACAGGACCAGGGGUGACGGAGAUAAUCUUGGUUGCCUCAACCUCCCAGACAGCCCCUUUUUGUGUACUCAAAGAAUGUAAUCAGUACUCACCCAGGAGACAUCUUCAGACCAGGACUAGUUUCCCUUAAAGUGUCCUCCAGCCGAGGACACUGCAGACAGAGACUAAACACUCAGCAAAUACCUCUGGACUAAAUAGAGUCCGGGUCCACACCGAGGUCCAGCUGAGUGCCACUGCCGCCGCCUAAGGGCCACCGGGCUCUGGGCAGAAGGUCAGGAGGACCUGACGUGCCCCAUGUUGGGCACCAAAUUGUCGCCGAACCAAGUGGGUCCCUGCCCAGUGCGCUGUAGGGCCAAGAGACGAGACACACCGAGUUUUGAAGAAAGAGAAAGCAGUUUAUUGCAGAGCAGCAAUGCAAGGAGCCAGGGGGCUUGCUCAGAUCUGACUCCCUGAGUAGGGAUUAGGUUACAGUCUUUAUUGGAAUUCUAAUUUAGGAAGUUAUACAUAUUUAUCAAUCUCAUACCUAGGUGAUUCGGGUACGGUCAGUCUGACUACGCAUGUUCCGCGGGCUGUAUCUGGUUCAUGCUGGUUCUUGUCUAACACACUGGCCUUGGUUUCUUGAAACACCUGGUAUUUUUCUGCAAAACAAACUAACAGAGUAGUUAAGCAAGGGGCAUGGGAGAGGUUGGAUAAGAAACAGAAAUAUACUAGGGUGAUUGAAUAAGAAACAGAGAGACAGAGGUGAUUGAGGCGCAGGCCUUGGCUUCAUUUGGUUUCAAAUCUGGUCCUGACACAAAAUAGUGCUGCAUCUCUGGGCAUGUUAUUUAAACUCUCUGAUCCUCUUUCCUCAUCUGUAAACUGAGCAUGGAAAUAGUAUUUGCCUCAUAGGUUGUUCUGAGGUUAGACAAGAUAGCACUGUGAAACAUCAAGCCCAGAACAUAAGUCCUCAUAAUAAAUAUUCGUUUGAUGCUAUCAGUGUUCCAAAGACUUUUAGGUAUCUCACUCGGCUUCCAACCAGUUUGUGAGGUCAGCAUUACCACCCCUGUAGGAACACAUUUAAAAAACCCUAUUUGCAAAGAGUUAAAGUGGUUUGCUUAGUGUUACACAACUAGCUGGUGAAUGGAUUGAGUUGUAAAACCAAAUCUAUUUUACUCCUAGUUUCAUGGCCUUUGUAAUGUACAUCUUCUACCCAUACCCAUUGUGUUUACCUUGGCACAAUGACUUGCCUUUGUGUGCCCCAGGAAGCAAUUCCAUGUAUUUUGACAAUCGAACCAUUUGACCUAUUUUCCUUAGGUCAGAAGGCAUAAUUGAGGCUUCUAGGCUUUUACUGCCUCCUGCAGUAUAAUCUCACUUCUCAGUAGCCCUGAUUAGAUUUUAGGAAAAAUCCAGCUCAUCAUACUCUAGAAUCCUGGAACCCCAAUGCAGGUUCCAAUUCGUGUGAAUAUGGCUUCUAAGCCCAAGUCCUAAGUGCCCUUGAAACAAAACUACUCUAGUUAAAUAAAAAGCAGAAAGUCAACAGAAACAACACCUGGAAGAACAUGUUCCUGAACUGAAACCUUACCAUAGAAUUUCAAGGCGGAGGCAGGAGAAUCCCAGAAAGGAGCACAUUUUAGAGUUACUGGGCAAGAAUUUUCCUCUCUAGUAUAAGCAGUGCCGGGUGAUAUCCCCACAUUCUGAGACCAUCAAUUACUGGGGCUCAGCAAAGCUUCCAUUUAACUUUCAGAGGAAAAGUGUAAGCUGAAAUUGAAGGGAUGGGUAAGGUGCACAUUUGACAGGAAAAGAUACUGCAUGGGAGGAUUUGUGGGGGUUUGGGUUGGAGGGAAGGGAUGCCAGCCAAAGCUAAGGAACUUCUUUCUCCAUUACAUCCUAAACAUAUAUGCAAUUCCUUACAGUCUCCACUCUGCCUUUCUGUUUAUUCUGAGCUGCCCUCAAACCAUGUGCAUCACCAAGCUGACAUUUAUUGAGUUUCUCCCUUACAUAAUCCCACAAUGGAGGUAGAAGAAAGGUCUUUAAAGAUUAUUUUGUUUUGCCUAUCUCAAAAUUAGGACAUAGAAGGUAAAUGUCUUACCCAAAGUCAUACAGUUUCUUGGUGACUUGAAUUCAGCCCUCUUGAUUCCCAGGUCAGGGCUCUGUCCUCUGCCACAUUUAAGUUAAAACAAGUUUCUUAAUAAAAAAUCUUGUGAAACUGCAACUCAGGGAAACAAAACAGUCAAAAAGAUCAAACAUCUUAAAGCACUUCAGUGACAUAUUAUCAGCAUUUUUCAAUGUCAAUAAUAUCUUAAUUCUAGAAUCAAUUUUAAUGCUGGAAUAGUGUUACAAACUUAGGAUAUUCUAAUUUUAUUGACCGAAUUCCCUAUUAUUGGCUUCACAGGUUAUUUUUAACUUUUUGCUACAGAGUAAUUAAGAGUAAUUUAGUAGAAAACGUUUGUUUACAUACACUCAGUAAGGCAAUUUCCAUGUGAUCAUUUCAGAAUUAAAUGGAUAAUCCCUCACCAUGUUGAUUUCUGUAACUUCAGAUGGGUAAAGGGCCAUUUUCUUAAAUGGGUUUGUGGGUAUCUUGGUAAGUAAUUGUAAGAACUGCUGUAUUAGACUUCUCAUGUUUCUAUUCCCUCUUUUUGCUUACCCAGCUCUGGCUUCACCAUUCUUGGCCCUUUCCCAAGAGCAUCUGAAAAAUGAACAUAUCCCAUGGAUCGGUUUCAUUUAAGGACCUGAUUGUGGACUUCACCCAGGAGGAGUGGCAGCAGCUGGACCCUGCUCAGAGGCUCCUGUACAGGGAUGUGAUGCUCGAGAACUACAGCAACCUAGUCUCAGUGGGAUGUCACGUUAGCAAACCAGAUGUGAUCUUCAAACUGGAGCAAGGAGAAGAACCAUGGAUGGAAGAGGAAUUCUCAAGUCAGAACUACUCAGAAGUUGAUGGUGCAUUAAAGAAGAACGAGGACGUCCAAAACAAACAUCUGAUGCAAAUUGUAUUCUUUAGCAACAAUACACUGAUUGCAGAGAGAGCUGAUAUAUUUGGGAACACGUUUAAUCUGGGCAUGAAUAUUGUUCCUUCAAUAAAAAUACCCUAUAAAGAUGACUCAUGUGGGAACAGUUCAAAAACUAAUUCAGAAGUAAUUGUAAAGAAAAGCUAUUUUAAAAGGAUUCCUAAUGAAUAUAGUGGAUGUGGGAAACUACUGUUUCAUACUAAGCAUGAGAUAACUCAUUCAGGAAUGAAAAAGUACAAAUAUAAUCAAAUUAGGAAAGCCAGAAUUCAAAGUGAAGAUCUUAUUCUGCACCAGAACAUUCAGACUUUGAAACAAGCUUAUGACUAUAAUAAAUGUGGGAAAACCUUCAAGAGGACAGUCCUCAUUACACAAAAGAAAGUAAAUAGUGAAAGGAAACCAAAUGAAUGCAAUGAAUGUAAGAAAACUUUUUCUAAGAAAUCUAACCUCAUUGUACAUCAGAGAAUUCAUACAGGGGAGAAACCCUAUGUUUGUAAUGAUUGUAGGAAAACAUUUCGUGUGAAGACACACCUCACUCGACACCAAAGAAUUCAUACUGGAGAGAGACCCUAUGAAUGCAGUGAAUGUGGGAAAACUUUCACUGACAAAUCGGCCCUCAUUGUACAUCAGAAAAUUCAUAGAGGGGAGAAAUCCCAUGAGUGUGAUGAAUGUGGAAAGACCUUCUUUCGGAAGUCAUCCCUCACUGAACAUUUCAGGUCACACACAGGGGAGAAACCUUAUGAAUGUGAGGAAUGUGGGAAUGCCUUCAGCAAGAAAUCUUACCUUGCUGUACAUCAAAGAACUCAUAGAGGAGAGAAACCAAAUGAAUGUAAUGAAUGUGGGAAGACCUUCUUUUGUCAUUCAGCCCUUACUGCACAUCAGAGAAUUCACACAGGGGAGAGACCCUAUGAAUGUAAUGAAUGUAGGAAAACCUUCUUUUGUCAAUCAGCCCUCAAUGUGCAUCAGAGAACUCAUACAGGAGAGAAACCCUAUGAAUGCAGUCAGUGUGGAAAAUUUUUAUGUACCAAAUCAGCCCUCAUUGUACAUCAGAUAACUCAUAGAAGAGAGAAAUCUUAUGAAUGUAAUGAAUGUGGGAAAUGUUUCUGUCGUAAGUCAACACUCACUAUACAUCAGAGAACUCACGCAGGAGAGAAACACAGUGUGUUUAAUAAAUGCGGUAAAACAUUCAGUGUGAAGUCAAACCACAAGGAACGUAAGAGAAUAUACACAAAGGAGAAUCUUUAUGAGUGUAAUGAACAUAGGCAUGCCAUCAGUAAAAGCACGCGCUUAAUUGUGCAUCAGAGAAGUAUAUGGGAGAGACCAUACGAAUGUAAUGAAUGUGGGAGAACUUACUGCCGGAAGUCAGCCCUUACUCAUCAUCAGAGAACCCACACAGGAGAGAGACCCUAUGAAUGUAAUGAAUGUGGGAAAACCUUCUGUCAGAAGUUCUCCUUCAUUGAACAUCAGCGAACUCACACUGGGGAGAAACCGUAUGAAUGUAAUGAAUGUGGGAAAGCCUUCUGCCAUAAAUCAACCCUCAGGGUACACCGGAGAAUUCACACAGGAGAGAAACCAUAUGAAUGUAAUGAAUGUGGGAAAACCUACCGUCAGCUGUGGACUUUCACUGAACAUCAGAAAAUACACACAGGGGAAAAACCCUAUGAAUGUAACACAUGUGAGAAAACAUUUCGCCACAAAUCAAAUUUCCUUUUACAUCAGAAAACUCAUAAGGAAUAGGUGCCAGAAAGGCAGUGAAUUCCAAGGAAGAAAUAAAUAUAAGAGCCUUAAAUCUUACGAAUACUUACAGAUGUGUGAAAUUUUAUGAAUGUAAUGAACAUAGGAGACUUUUCUGCCAUAAGCCAACACUGGUACAUAAGAGAACUCACACAGUAGAGAAAUACAGUAUGUUUAGCAAAUGUAGUAGAACAUUCAGUGUGAACUGUGAAAA